AUGGAAAAACAGUGUAUACGUUCGUAUAUAAAAACUCGUUUAUUAUUAGGCUUAACAGCUACACAAAUUCAUAAUGAAUUAACUGCUGUUUAUAUGCCAGAUGUAGUUUCAUAUAGUACAGUUACUCGUUGGAUUCAACGAUUUUUAAAUGAGCGAGAGUCUUUGGAAGAUAAUCCUCGAAGUGGUCGUCCGUUAUCCGCCAUCACUCAACGAAAUAUUGAUGAAGUUAAAGAUCUGGUGAAUGAUGAUCCACAUAUUACUAUUGAUUAUAUUGCUGACAUCUUAGAUAUAUCACAUGGUAGUGUAGAUACUAUUCUCAAACAACACCUUGGGUUAAGAAAGAUAACAUCAAAAUGGGUACCUCAUAAACUGACAAAAGAACAACGACAACUACGUAUUGAUAUUUGCACCGAAAAUUUAAAGAAAAUUGAACGUGGCACCUGGAGACUAUGUGAUAUAGUCACGGGUGAUGAAACUUGGAUUUAUCAUCGCAAAAUUAUACCAAAAGAACAAUCUAAAGCAUGGGUAGCAAAAGGUGAAAGUCCUCCAACACAGGUGAGAAGACAACAAUUCGAGCAAAAAACGAUGUUUGUUAUUUUUUUUAUGACAAAUGGACCAUUACUUAUUCACGAAUUACCUUCUGGAACAUCGAUUAAUGCUAUUUAUUAUCGUGAUGAAUGUCUAAAAGAACUAAUUAAAAAUUUAUAUAAGAAAAGACCAUCAUCAACAGCAAAUCAUAUUAAGCUGCAUCAUGAUAACGCACGACCACAUAUGAAUAAUAUUGUCUUUAAUUAUCUUCAAGAAGAAAAAAUCAAACUUAUGGCUCAUCCACCAUAUUCACCUGACCUUGCACCUUCAGAUUUUUGGUUGUUCAAUUAUCUGAAACGUGGUCUUGAUACAUGCCCAGAUGCAACAAGUUUAGCGAAAAUGUUAUCCAGGGAGCUUUAUUCAAUACCUAUUCAUGAAUAUCAAAAGACAUUCCAGAAAUGGAUUGAACGGAUGAAACUUUGUAUAGAACAUCAUGGGGACUACUUCGAACAUUUACUGUAA